UUAUUCUCCAUUCGGUUACGGACAAUUUUAUGAUAUUUCGGACCAAAUAUUCGUUUUCUCCUCGUUCCUUACAACUUACUCAUCGCGACCAACUCCCACCAGCUACACCACCCGAUUAUCUUCUUCUUCACCAUCAAAACAUGCUGAUUUCAAGUUGAAUUUCAAGUUUUCAACACAAGUAUCCAUAACACAUAUUUCUUAAUUCCAAUCCCAACCACAAAAACGAUGAAAUUGGGUAGACAACCACAACAAGACCGUCAACGUUUGACCACGUCAAUCCGAAGUAAAGCCGCCCAUUUCGUCUCUGAUCUUACCACCGUUAUCCUUAAUCCAAUUUCCGAUAAACCCUCAUCGGCUUCUGGAAAUGCGAGUAAUGAACCGAGGAGAAAUACACAACAAUGUAGUCAAGAAGAUGAUGUACCCGUGCUAGAAGACGGGCCGGAUACAUCUUCUUUCACUGCGUUUCUGUACUCGUUUUUGUCACCAGGAAGAUCAGAAGAAAACGAGAACGAGUAUGCAAACUGGAACGAGAGUCAGUCGGUAGCUGUUAACAAAAACGAUCCACCGUCGACAAACGUUUUAGUGAAAGAGAAUAGUGGGAAGAAGGGUAUUUUCUCCAGGGGGAAACAGUCGAUUGGCAAGGCUCUUACGCAGGCUGCUCGGUAUGGUACCGGAUAUCGGUUCCAUUCCUCUGGGAAGGUGAAUAGCGAAUCGAAAGUUGACGAUGGGAAAGAAACGGGGUCACAAUUAGGGGCGAAUGAGGGGGUUCUUGAACAAAAUCCGAGCGGGCCUAAACUACCGAAUAUGUCGGAACCUUCGCAGCUUAUGACUGAAGACACACGGGCUGCUCUUUAUGUUGCACUCCCGGUUCUUAGUCAAGGAAAGAAAUGGGUCCUGCUGUACAGUACAUGGAGGCAUGGUAUAUCUUUGUCUACUUUAUAUAGAAGAAGUAAUCUUUGCCCCGGGCUAAGUCUGCUGGUUGUUGGAGAUCGUAAAGGGGCGGUGUUUGGUGGUUUAGUUGAGGCGCCCUUGAAACCGUCAACUAAGAAAAGAUAUCAGGGAUCAAAUGAUACAUUUGUUUUCACAAAUACCCCUGGUUGUCCUGUUAUAUUUCGUCCAACAGGCAUUAAUCGGUAUUUCACAUUAUGUUCAACCGAGUAUCUAGCACUUGGUGGAGGCAAUCACUUUGCUUUGUAUCUCGAUCAUGAUUUAUUGAAUGGGUCAAGUUUGGCCUCCGAAACAUAUGGUAACUCUUGUUUGUCGCACACUCAAGAUUUUGAAGUGAAGGAAAUCGAGUUGUGGGGGUUUGUAUAUGCUUCGGAGUAUGAAGCGACGAUAUCAAUGUUGAGAACAGAGGCCCCUGGGAUCUGUCGUUGGUAGCGUAACAUGCUGGAUGACAGUUUUCUUCAUUUUGUAUAUAGUUUGACUUGGAUUGUCCGGUUUCAAGUAUGAACAGACUUUCGGAUUUAUUAUGAAAAUUUAAAAAGUCUCGAGGAUUUUGUGUUAUAAGAAAAAAAAAAAGUGUUAAACAAAAA